AUGCUCCAAUUCGCCCUCGCGGGCGUCGUCGGCGUCCUCGCUGGUGUCGUGAGUGCAUCCGCGACCCGUCGAAGGCGACGUAAGGGCCGUAAAACGGGCGCACCGGGCCCCGUGAGACGUUUUGGUGGACGUCCGACGCUUUCGGUGUCGAUGACGCCCGUGAAGGCGUCUAAUUACGCGUUGAGUUGCGACGCGCCGGCGUGCGCGUGCUGCGGCGAUACCAAAGCGACGCCGUCGACGCCGACGACGGCGAAACCCGAUCCGUUAUCGCCGACGAAGCGCGAUCGGUACCUUUCGUGGGACGAUUACUUCAUGUCGGUCGCAUUUUUGAGCGCGCAGAGGUCGAAGGAUCCGAAUAAGCAAGUAGGCGCGUGUAUCGUCGGAGAGGACAAGCUCAUCUUGGGCGUCGGGUACAACGGUUUCCCUCGCGGGUGCGCCGACAGCGCGCUACCGUGGGCGAAGAAGAGCACGAACGGUGAUGAGCUGGAGACGAAGUAUCCGUACGUGUGUCACGCUGAGAUGAACGCAAUCAUGAAUAAGAACUCGGCGUCCGUGGCGGGCGGGACGUUGUACGUGACCAUGUACCCGUGCAACGAGUGCGCGAAGUUGAUCAUUCAGGCUGGGAUUCGCGAGGUGGUGUAUUACGAGGGGAAGAUCAGUGAGGCAAAGGAGACACCGAUGUCGCCGGGUGUGAGCGAUGGAUCGGUGGCGAAGCGCGACGAUCCCAAGCACAUUUACGCCGCGGCGAAUAGGCUGUUACGACUCGCCGACGUGCGCGUGCGCCAACACUCCCCCGCGGUGGCGGUGCAGGUGACGUAUUUAGACGAGAGCGACGAUGAGGACGAGGAGUUCGUCGCGGACGCGUCGGCGUGA